AUGUCCGACCUCAAGGCCUCCGUGUCUGAAACCCCCGCCGGCUUCCAUGUCGAGGGGUACGAGAAGAUCGAGUACGACUUUACCUUCCUGGAUGGCGUCUUUGAGCCGCAGCAUGCGCAGCUCGCGAGGCUGUAUGAGCGCUGGGGGCGCUGUCUGGCCAUCAUGGACAAGAACAUCUAUGACCUGUACGGCGACGAGAUGAAGCGCUACUUUGGCCACCACGGUCUGAAGCUGCAGAUCCAUCAGACGAUGAUUGGCGAGAAGGCGAAGAGCCUGGAUACGUUCACCAGCAUUGUUGACGUGAUGAAUGACUUUGGCAUUAUGCGGAAGGAGCCCGUUCUCGUUGUCGGCGGAGGACUCGUCACCGAUGUCGCCGGCUUCGCCUGCGCCGCCUACCGCCGCAACACAAACUACAUCCGCAUCCCGACAACCGUAAUCGGGCUGAUCGACGCCUCCGUGAGCAUAAAAGUCGCCGUCAACUACAACAACUACAAGAACCGCCUGGGCGCGUACCACGCCCCCAUGCACACGCUCCUGGACUUCGGGUUCCUGCGCACCCUCCCAGAGGCCCAGGUCCGCAAUGGAUUCGCCGAGCUAAUCAAGAUCUCCAGCUGCGCGCACGGCCGCACAUUCGACCUCCUCGAUACGUUCUGCGAGCGCCUGAUCGCCACCAAAUUUGGACGGGCGGCCGGUGCCCCGGUUGAAGUCCGCCAGGCCGCCGAUGAGAUCAACCGCAGCGGGAUCCUCGAGAUGCUGAAGCUCGAGGCGCCGAAUCUGCAUGAGAUAGGGCUGGACCGGGUCAUUGCGUAUGGGCAUACGUGGUCGCCGCUGCAUGAGCUCGCGCCCCCCGUCCCCCUCCGCCACGGGCACGCCAUCUCCAUCGACAUGGCGUACAGCGCGACGCUUGCGAACGGCCGCGGGCUGCUCAGCGACCGCGAGCACAUCCGGCUGCUGAACCUGUUCAGUCGGGCCGGACUAGCGAUGGACCACGCGCUGUUCACGGAGGAACUGCUGGGAAAAGCCACGGCCGCGAUCUUGAAAACGCGCGACGGCCUUCUUCGCGCCGCUGUUCCCAGUCCGCUGGGACGCUGCGUCUUUCUCAACGACGUCUCGGCUGAAGAGAUGGGCGCUGCGUUGCGCAGACAUAAGGUUCUCAUGAGGGGGUUCGCGCGCGAGGGCGCGGGGGUCGAGGCGUUUGUUGAUGCGAGUGAUACGGGGUAUACGGUGAACGGGGACGAGGUUGAGAGGGAGAAGGAAAUGGAGAGGGAGAGGGAGACUAACGGGGUGAAAACGAACGGCCAUCAUGCUAACAGCCAUGGAACCGCUCAUGCGUCCUCGAGCUACCGCAAGUCCUCCGCUGGAAGUGGAAGCGACGAGCAUGGCAUGCGCAAUGUCUUUGGGAACGGGGUGAUGAAUGAGCUGAAGAGGUCUUUGCCCAUGGCGACUCGCAUUGCUUACGCCGUUGAGGAGGAGGCUUAG